AUGGCUCGUACUAUUACAAGUUUUUUAAUUUUUGGUUUAGUAUCUUCUCUAUUAUCCAUUACAACAGAAGCGACAUUGUCAUCAAGAGAGACUACUGUUUACACAAACAUCCUUUCCUUUAAUAAUAAAGAUACCUGUACUACCUGUGUCCAACGUCCCUUAAUAACCUCAACCAACAUACCUGCUCAUUCAAGGAAGACAGUAAAGCAUAAAACUGUUACCCCUUACUAUACCAAAAAAGCGCAUGGCAGUGCACAUCAACAUGACCCCUCAUAUUAUAAAAGACGUGUUAUUACAAAGAGGAUCAUUAAAAGGAAACGUCUGGUGAAUAAUAGUACAAGUAAAACGAUUGCAUUUCCUCCUGUUGAAACAAUGACUGCUACUCAUCAUCAGAAGAAACAUAGUAAGAUCUACAAGACAACGAAAAAAGAUAAAAAACAGAAUAUUCUUAUUACGCCUAGUCUAUUAUUAAAUGCAACCUCAACUACCAAUCACGCUACAACCCGUACCAGAUUUAGAUCUACAAAGAUCUGUAAAGUGAUGUUUAUUUUUAAUGUUCGAAACUAA